AUGAAGGAUUUGCGACAUAUCCUCUUUGGAUUGGGAGUAUCAGGACUCGGGUUAGCUGGUACUGUACAACGAGAUGUUGAAGUGAUACGGUUUCACUCGCCUGGAGAUGUGACGGCUGACUCGCUGCACAACAUCCACGUGGAUUUUCUCGACACCUCCUUCGAGGGCCCUUUGCAGCUUGUGUACGGUGAAUGUGACAUGCAGAAUGCAUGGCAGAUGCAUCAUGAGAUUGGAAGCACGUUUGUGAAGCGUCAAGCUCACCCAGAACGAUUUGUCUGGGUGACUCCUCUCGAUGCUCCUCAUGCACUCUGUCUCCAUGCAUUCUCUGGUUCCAGUCUCCUGGGCCGGUCUUCGCCCAUCAGUAUAUCAUCGCCUAUCCUCAAGCGUCAAAGCAUUGCAGAUGUGGCAGACGCCAUGGGACCCUGGUUCGACGGAGUUGCCUACAUGAAAUCCAAGAAGGAGAGCGAGGCAUUUGUUUCCAAGGCCAAGAAGACCUCUGUUGCCAUUGUUGGAGGUGGCAUGUCCGGACUCAUGACGAGUCACCUGCUGUCGUCCGUCGGCAUUCACGAUUGGCACAUCUACGAGUCAUCCGAGCGGGUUGGAGGGCGUAUUCGCACGAAAUACCUGAACAACACUCGUCCAGACCAGUAUCAGUAUCAGGAAAUGGGCCCUAUGCGAUUUCCUGUCAGCAUCACUUAUGCGGAUACCAACGAGACUCUCGAGAUCAUGGAUCACCGAAUGGUUUUUCAGCUUGCCGGAGUCUUGAACAAAAUGAACGUUGACAAGCCCGAGCUCCAAGUCAACUUCAUCCCCUGGGUCCAAAACGGCCCCAAUCUUCCUGCCGACUCGGGGGCAUCCGUCUGCCCGACGGUCGUAGCAGCCAAUGCUUCCCUCGUGUACACGGCAGCAUCAUCAAACGCAUCGGCUGUCGCUGCUGCAGAAGCCGCUUAUGCUAACUACACCACUCUGGAUGAUAAGGCGACUAUUCGCAAUAUCGCAACCAACAUGUACCAGGCACACAAGAAAGCCGUGGAAGAUGGCAUGUUCCACUGGUCUGAGGCUGGAUACAUGCGCUAUGCCCUAGGGUAUAACGCUAACAUCACCGACUACGCCGCAGGGACAACAGACUUCCCGAUCUGGGGUGACUUCUACGAUGACGUUUAUUUCGCUGCAACCAAAUGGCGUACCAUCGACAAGGGUCUCGAGUCCCUCCCAAAAGCGUUCUACCCUCACGUCGAGGAUAAGCUCACCCUCAACCGCACCGUAGCAGGUUUAGCCUACAACGAAAGAACCGGCAAGGUCGCCGUCACCUGGCGUGACGACCCACUCCAAAUGGUCCCCGAAAAGUCCAAGGAAUACGACUACGCCGUUGUCGCAGCCCCCUUUAGCAAAGUUCGUCUCUGGGAAAUGCCGCGGUACUCAUCCCUUCUCAGCCGAGCAAUCUCAUCCCUAAAUUACGACCCAGCCUGCAAGAUGGCUCUUCUCUAUGAAACACGCUUCUGGGAACACAUGGAAGAACCCAUCUUUGGUGGCUGCGGCUCCGUCGACAUCUCCGGCAUCGGUAGCGUCUGCUACCCAUCCUACAACAUGAAUGGUACUGGUCCUGGUGUGAUUCUCGCCUCGUAUAUUUCCGGCACAGAAGCCCGCUCCGCUGUUGCUUUAAACGCCGAGGAGCACGUUGCCCUCGUCCAACGCGCGAUGGUCGAGGUACACGGCGAGAUCGCCGCUGAACAGUUCACCGGCAUCUACGACCGCCAAUGUUGGGAAACUGAUCGUCACCAGAAUGGUGCUUGGUGCGAUCCGCUUGUUGGACAGCAGGAGCUGUAUCUACCGGCAUAUUACCAGACUGAGUUCAAGACUAUCUUCAUCGGUGAGCAUACUAGCUAUACCCAUGCAUGGAUUUUCUCGGCUCUGGAUUCGGCGGUUCGUGGUUCGACGCAGUUGCUACUUGAUCUUGGGCUGGUGGAUGAGGCAAAGUCGAUCGUCGAUACUUGGAUGGGAAGGUGGAUUAAGCUGUGA